AUGGGGUUUUUAGGCUUUUCAUCUUUUAGGAGAUUUCUGUUUUUCUGGGAUCGAUGGACUAGCUUCCAGAAUGGAGAAAAAAGGCCUCUCAUAUCAAAAAUCACUUGUUCUAUGUUCAUUGAGGGGGAGGUGAAUGCCGUGCCAGAGUUCCACGACAUGGCCGCCGAGCCAGAAUUCCACGACUUGGCCACCGAGCCAGAGGGGUGCCUGGCCUCUAUGGUGUGGUACCAAGAUGAUCUGGACCUGAGGUUCAUCACUGAUGAGAUCCAGACAGUGCUGCAGUGCUGUUGGGCAGAUACAUACAGAGAUUGGGAAAUCAAUGUAUAUUUCAACUGUCCGGCUCCAGGGGUCCAGGCCUGUGAUGUGCCCCCAUCCUGUUGUGUAGAUCCACUGGAGAAUGGGACCGUGUGGAACUCCCAGUGUGGAGUAGGUGCCCUACAGCUGGACGAGUUCUCUGCCCAGAGCGUCAUCUUCCUUGGCGGCUGUUUGGGAAGCAUCUCGCGCUGGAUAGCGCACCACGGUGGAGUCAUUAGCAUGGUGGUUAUAGUUCUACUGGGAGUCCAGAUUCUUACUCUGGUUAUAACAGCACAUCUGCUGCGGAAGAUACAGUGGAACAGAGAGCAAAAUGGUGUAUACUCAUAAUGACUGCA